UUUGACGGAAAGUGGCGAGGGUUUCUAUUGGAGCGAUUGGUGGCUAUUUAUAAAUAGGAUUUGUGUUUAUAACACCAUUAUUGUGUAACACACAUGGUAGAGCAAAACUACAACAUUACGGAUACUUUUUUGAAUUAGUGGUGACUGUUUUAUUUUGUAGAUGCCAUAUAAUAGUCCAGGUCCAGCUGGGGGUUCCGGUGCCGACAAGGCUGGUCCUUUACGCUACACUCACAACUACGUAUAUAAUAUUGCUGAUUUACUUGGUAAAGGGGCAACUGCAUCAGUUUAUCUCGGGAGAGAACGCAAAAAUGGCCAACAAGUUGCUAUUAAAGUAUUUUCAAAUGUUGACUCUCGUCAAAUUACGCAGGCGAGACUUCGAGAGACCGAACUCCUGAAAUCGGUUGACCAUAAGAAUGUCAUGCAACUCUUUGCAUGUGAGAGUGAAAUUGGAUCGGGUCAGUAUGUUAUUGUUAUGCCAUACUGUCAGUGUGGGAGUGUAUAUAACCUUUUAGAACAACCUCAGAACGGAUUUGGUUUCCAGGAAAAAGAAUUUCUAACAUUUCUGAAAGAUAUAACAAGUGGUCUGAAAUACCUGAAUCAAAAAGGGAUAAUUCACAGAGAUAUUAAGCCUGGAAAUAUAAUGAAAAAAGUUGAUGAAGAUGGGAGUCCAGUAUACAUAUUAACUGAUUUCGGAGCCGCAAAGGAGUUGGGGGAAGAUGAAACCUUUAUGUCUAUUUAUGGAACAGAAGAAUAUAUACACCCGGACAUGUUUCAAAGGGCCGUGUUACGUCAACCGGGUCAACAACAUUUUACAUCAUCAGUUGACCUUUGGAGCCUGGCUGUGACGAUAUAUCACGUAGCAACCGGAAAACUCCCAUUUCAAGCGUUUGGGGGCAGGAAUGACUCUCGUAUGAUGUUCCAGAUCAUGGCAGGUAGACGCUCAGGUGAUGUGUCCGGUAUACAAAGAGAUCAAGAUGGACCUAUAGAUAGGUCUCAACAUUUACCUGACAACUGUUAUAUAUCCAGGGGAUUAAGAAAACUUAUAGAGCCAAUUUUAGCUGCCUUGUUUGAAAUAAAUACGGCUCGUGCAAUGACGUUUGAUCAGUAUUUCAUCGCAGUUAAUGACGUCAUACAGAUGAAGACGCUUAAAGUGUUUUGUGCCCCGACUGGCACCCAGACAAUUCUGUAUCUCCAUAAAACAGACUGUUAUACUCAUAUACAAGAGAAGAUCGCUUCUUUGACAGAAAUUCCAGCCGAUCGCCAGUUAUUACUUUUAGGUCACACAGAGCUCAAAGAAAUUGUUGAAAGUCAUGAACAAAUCCAAACUUUUCCAAAGUCCGUCCAAAAUGCUCAAUUGUUCUUAUUUGAAAGAGAUAACUAUGAAUGGUCAAGGAUUGUUAUUUCUAGCCUGCCUCCAUUUCCGUCCUUCACCGUUAAUUCGUCGCUAAGCUCAGAUUCUGCUGUUGCUAAGAAAUGUGCAGCCAUCGCUUAUUUCAUCGAAUGGAAGACCAAGGAAUCUCAGUCUUUACAAAAUUUCUUAUUAGAGUCAAAACUAUAUCUUAGGUUGUAUGUUCAACAUAAACUGUAUCCAAUAGACAAGGUUGUCCCUGAGUUAGAUAAGGCUCUUGGUCUUACCAGAAAGAGAAUAGACUGUAUACAAAUAUCACAAACUAACGUGAAGAAUUUUAUCACCGUGCUGGAAAUGAUGCAUUCAGAAAAUGGUGUUUUUAAACAACUAAAAACUCACGUGGAAACAUUCUGUGAUGAUGGCGGAUAUAUUAGUGACCUCAUGAACAAGACAAACACACGUUGUGAAGAAAUAAAGUUAUAUCUUAGCGUGCUUGGUCAACGUAUGAAAGAGGGAUCUACCCCUAGUCCUACAGAUCACAUGGGCUGUAAUGAUGACGAUCAUUGUUUGCCAAGAAUUGAACACAUUCGACAAGGUAUCCAAACUGUGUCAAGUACAUUCUCUAAACAUAAGAAAUAUGGAGAGCUGCACCCUCAUGAAAAAUUUAUACAUCAAGUCGAAAGACAAAAGCUUGAAGAUUUAUGCGUGAAGAUUGUGUCACUAUUUCAAAGCCAUUGUCUUGAGAACUUGAAACGUGUCCAUAUUGCUGUUAACAAGCAUUUAAGUGUUUUAUUGAAGCAUUUAACAAGAACAGGAAAAGUGGAAACAAACAUAAAAUGUGUUGUCGAUUGUGAGGCACAAGUUAAUGAAAAACUUGACAAAAUAGACGAGUGUUAUGGGACUGUGUCUGAGUUACUGAAGAGAAAUAUCAAGACAAUAGUUAAUAGCCCAGAUCUUGUUCGUAAAAAGGCUAAACUUGAUCCAAGUGAAACAACAGAGAUAUCAGAUAUCUCAGAACCAUUAUCUGGUGCAGCAACAGAAAAAGGUGAAAAGGCACUUCUAAUGAGACGCUUGCUUUCUGAGGUUACGAAAUAUGAAACAGAGAAAAAUGAGCUGGAUUCUCUGAUGGAUUCAAACACACAAUCACUGCUUGAAUUAAAAAAAAUGCUACAGGAAACAAGUCGCCUGAGUUUGACAUCGUUCCAGAAUGAUAAAAGGUCUGUUGAAUGUACAGAACCAAAAGACUCCAAUGCUGCAUCAGGCUUUUCUUGACGCAACUAGAGACAAAUACAUACUUAAUUGACACAGAAGACAUUUGAGAAUAAUUAAACAUAACUUGUUUUUUACCGUUGUAUAACUUUUUAUAGGUAAAACUAGGUACAAAGAUUUUUUAUAUAUGGACGACAGACUUUUAAUCGUUAAGUUAUAGGACACAAGACAAAUUUUAAUUACACUGGCAGUGUUACUAGUCUCUUCUCUUUCUUCUUGACUUUCUUCUUGACUUUAUCAAAACAUAAAUGAUAUUGAUACAUUGGUCAGAUAUCUAUUUAAGACAAAAUGCGAUCAAUGACUGAGAUUGAAACAUGUAUAUUGUCGUCUGCUGUAUGUCCUAGAUUUUGUUUUAAUUAUCAUGUCACAUGAGUGGGUUUUUUUUUUUAGUUUUUCAAACUUUUUAGAAUAUUUUUCACAUGAUAUUGCUUUGCACAAAAACAAUGGCGGUACAUUUAUUAUAUUUUUGUAAUUGUUUACAUUAUUCUAGAUAACACUGUUGCAAUAUGAUAUUUUAGGACCCAUUACAUCAUGUUGAACUCAAUGCUAUUAGUUCUACUUAUCUGUAGGGAAUUUUAUGGUAUCAAAAUGUAGAACCUUGCAAUUUUUGGGACUUGUUUUACGAAAUUUGAGACAUGAUCACUCUAAUACACAAUUGUACUAGUACGUAAUUAACUUCUUAGACAUAAAUGUGCUUCUUGUUUAUUUCUUUCAUGUUCAUGCACAAUACGUAUCUUUUAUAGAACUGUUAGUUUUAUGUUUAAAUAUUUCAUGUUUUUUUGGCACAUUCUGCACUUAUACCAAAAGACGUAGCAUAUAUUUUUAUCACUCUGUAUAAAAGUCUUGAUAUCGCUUUUUUCACUGCAAGAAAAUACGACCUUUGUAUUCCCGACGCCAGGUUUUAAUGACAUUCUACCAAACAGAAAAUAAAGCAAAACAGUUUAAGGUUUUGUCAGUUAUGACAAUUCAAAUAAUUUAUUGACAUAGGUUUCAGUUUUAAAGUAUUCUGAUUUUUUUCAUAUUGGAAUAAAAGUAAAAUAAAGGUCAAAUGCCAAUGGUCAACUCAAGUAUACAGAUUGGUCCCGUUAUCAUUCUGGCGUAGCUUACAAUUUUUGUCUCAAAAACUUGUAAUAGUAGAUGUAGCAAACCUUUAUUAUAGCUAAAUUAAUAGCUCCAGGUCAAGUGUUGACUUUAAGAUACUACGGGACAAAAUCUGGAUAUGAGCAAACUUGUCGAUACUAAUAGCUCCAGGUCAAGUGUUAACUAUAAGAUACUACGGGACAAAAUCUGGAUAUGAGCAAACUUGUCGAUACUAAUAGCUCCAGGUCAAGUGUUGACUUUAAGAUACUACGGGACAAAAUCUGGAUAUGAGCAAACUUGUCGAUACUAAUAGCUCCAGGUCAAGUGUUAACUUUAAGAUACUACGGGACAAAAUCUGGAUAUGAGCAAACUUGUCGAUACUAAUAGCUCCAGGUCAAGUGUUGACUUUAAGAUACUACGGGACAAAAUCUGGAUAUGAGCAAACUUGUCGAUACUAAUAGCUCCAGGUCAAGUGUUAACUUUAAGAUACUACGGGACAAAAUCUGGAUAUGAGCAAACUUGUCGAUACUAAUAGCUCCAGGUCAAGUGUUGACUUUAAGAUACUACGGGACAAAAUCUGGAUAUGAGCAAACUUGUCGAUACUAAUAGCUCCAAGUCAAGUGUUAACUAUAAGAUACUACGGGACAAAAUCUGGAUAUGAGCAAACUUGUCGAUACUAAUAGCUCCAGGUCAAGUGUUAACUAUAAGAUACUACGGGACAAAAUCUGGAUAUGAGCAAACUUGUCGAUACUAAUAGCUCCAGGUCAAGUGUUAACUUUAAGAUACUACGGGACAAAAUCUGGAUAUGAGCAAACUUGUCGAUACUAAUAGCUCCAGGUCAAGUGUUAACUAUAAGAUACUAUGGGACAAAAUCUGGAUCUGAUUUAUAAAGGUUUUUACUAUAAUAGAAUAGGAAGAGGGACAGAGAUCAAGGUCUUGGUGUGAAACUGUUGUUACUUCAACAGUCUGCAGCAAGUGUUUGAGAUUUACUAGACAUAGUUACUGAAAACAGUGCCACUUAUGAUCUGUUGAUCAAUCAAAUACUUACAAAAUACUGUCUUCUUCUUCUGCAUCUUUUUAUCCGGUUUUAUCCGGUUCUACUCAAGGUAAAACAGAUAUAACAAUUCAUUGUUUGUGUGGGUUUAAGUAUGUGUUUGUCUCGAACUUUAGUAUAAUAACAAAUUCAAUACUUAGGAUUUUAAAUGUUUUGUUAAACUAACAAUUUUAUAUACUAGUAGUGGCAAAAAACAUACAUUGUAGUAUGUAUUAAGAAUUGGAAACAUCAUCAUUUGUGUUAAAAUUUGACACUGAUAUUAUAAUACCACUGGUCACAGUUUGAUUAUAAUAAUUUGAAAAUAUAUGACAUUGUACAGAUGGUUUUAUGCUGAUAAUAAAUAUAGAAGUUACA